UAUAUACAGUCUAUAGCUUAUCCGUCAAUCGAUCUCAGCACAGGACGUCCCAAAAAUGCAUCUGACGCAAGGAAAAGAAUCGGGAAAGGAACUCCAGGAGGCCUUGUGCUGCUACACCGAAGAUACCCUCAUCUACAUCGACACAGUGAGAAAAUUCUGUGAGAGGAACCCCAAAUGGAUGCUUGGGAGGGAGACAGAGUUGGACAUGAUGAGGGACAUCAAAGACAGGGCUGACAACAAAGGUGAGGGCUUUUGGGAAUAUAUGAAGAGCAAGGUGACUCAGGUGACUGCAGACAGCAGGCGUGCAGAGCUGGAGACGGAGCUGGCUGCUGUGCUUAAGGACACUCUGAGAGGCCUGGAGAAGCUCAACUGCUUCCUGGAUGCUGUGGAGAAUCUUGCAGUCACCUCACUUCAUGUGUUCAUGGAGGAGAACCAGGUGUUACAUCUGCCAGAAGGGAUCAGUCCUGAACAUGUUCAGGUUGUCAUCUCUGCUGCACGGAGAAUCUGCCCUCAUCUCCUCGAGUUUAAAAGUGAUGCAAGUGUUUUCUUCCUUCCUAAACUUCAGAAUGUGGAAGUGCUGGCAUAUCAGCUUAACAGUUACAUAAAAACCACCCAGGAAAUCUGUGAGAAGUUAGAGAAAAGCUCCUUAAGUGACUUUUGCCUGGAGAUGAACGAUGAAUCUCUGGUGGACCUCGAUGUGGAUUUGUCUGAAGAUGACAUACAAAGGAUGCUUCAUCACAUUAAUCAGCUCGAUGAAAUCAGGAUGAACCAGAGCUUCCGUACAGUGUUCUUGUAUCAGGACGAACCGUGUUCUGGCUUCAUCGAUAUGUUCAGCGAGCGACAGCCCCGGAUGCUGCAGUUCCUAAAAGCCCUGGAGGAGAAUGCUGUUCAGCUAGACAGGAUGAAUACGGGGGCAAAGAUCUCCAGUGUGGCCGGCAGCUCAGUGGGGGCAGUUGGAGGUGUGCUUUCCAUCAUUGGUUUGGCAUUAAUUCCUGUAACAGCUGGAGCGUCUUUAGUGCUGACAAUGACUGGGGUAGGGCUGGGAAUUACCAGCGGAGUCAACAGUGCUGUCACCACUGUCACAGAGAUUGGAGUAAACCGUACACAACAGAAGAAAGCCAGUGAAGUCUUCCAGAGCUUCAUGGAGGAUGUGCAGGAUCUGCAGGAUUGUCUGAAGGUAGAGAUCAAAGAGGAAACAAGCCCGAUAGAUGUGGUUGUGGGAGUUGGCAAGGUGCUUGGUAAAGCUGGUACUAUUGGAAAAGGCAUUGAUUUGCUUGUUGAUGCUGCAAGUGCUGGCAAAGUGGCAGCCAGGGCCGGGCUCAUCGGGCUCAAUGCUCUUUUCCUCGGCAUGGAUAUCUUCUUCAUCUGUAAGGACAGCAUCAGUCUGGCCAAAGGCAGCAAAACUGAAGUCUCUCAGUUCAUCAGAGCCAGAACUGCACUUUGGAGUUCAGAGUUGGACUCAUGGCAGAAGAUCCAUGACUUCCUGUGUGAAGGUCAGCUGACAUCAGAGGAAAACAAAGCUAUCCUGGAGACCCCAUUUUAUCCAGAGAAGGAGAUGAAGAAAGAAAAAACAGAAACAGUUAGCCUACUUCAUUCAUAGUGUAUUCAAUGUGCCUUUAUGCUAACUGAUUCAUGUCAAUAAAACAUGUAUUAAGAUUCAAUAACUGUAAAUCAUUGAUCAGCAUCAAACAUAAUUUAAGUCUAUACAUAAUGCAUUAUAUGUAUCAUUCAGUAAUGCAUCGUAUUAAGAAUAAUUGUAAGUGAAUGAUAAAAUUACUACUUAACACUAGAAAUGCCAUUUCCAAUUAUUCAAUCAGUGUGAUUUACUAUAAUCAGUGUCUUAUAAAUAAGAGCAGCGCACAAUACUCUUU